UUUUUAUGAUACUCUUUUGCGUGAUGAUAAAGAUGAAACCAAACCAGCGAAGACAACCUUGGUUAAACCCCAAGUUUUCCUAAUGAAAGGCAAACCUAAAUCUGAAAUAACGAAGGGCAAAAUCUGUUGA